AUGGCCAUGCUUCGCGCGUUCCAUCGUGGGUCAAGGGUCAACCACAUAUUGGCCGGCUAUAGCUAUCGUCGCUAUGCCAAGGAUGUCAAGUUCGGACCCGAGGUCCGCGCCAUGAUGCUGCAAGGCGUCGAUGUCCUGGCCGAUGCCGUGGCCGUGACCAUGGGCCCCAAGGGACGCAACGUCAUCAUCGAACAGAGCUGGGGCUCGCCGAAGAUCACCAAGGACGGCGUGACUGUGGCCAAGUCCAUCUCAUUGAAGGACAAGUUCAUGAACAUUGGCGCCAAGCUGGUCCAGGAUGUGGCCAACAACACAAACGAAGAGGCUGGCGAUGGCACCACCACCGCCACGGUGCUGGCCCGUGCCAUUGCCAAGGAGGGCUUCGAGAAGAUCUCGCGUGGCGCCAAUCCCGUGGAGAUCCGUCGCGGUGUCAUGCUGGCCAUCGACACCGUCAAGGAGAACCUCAAGAAGAUGUCGCGUCCGGUGAACUCCCCCGAGGAGAUCUGCCAGGUGGCCACAAUCUCGGCGAACGGCGACCAGUCGGUGGGCAAUCUCAUCAGCGAGGCCAUCAAGAAGGUGGGCCGCGACGGAGUCAUCACCGUCAAGGAUGGCAAGACCCUCAACGACGAACUGGAGGUCAUCGAGGGCAUGAAGUUCGACCGUGGCUACAUAUCGCCGUACUUCAUCAAUUCCUCCAAGGGAGCCAAGGUGGAGUUCCAGGACUCCCUUUUGCUGUUCUGCGAGAAGAAGGUCAAGACCACGCAGAGCAUUCUGCCCGCUUUGGAGCUGGCCAAUGCUCAGCGCAAGCCUUUGGUCAUAAUCGCGGAAGAUGUGGAGGGCGAAGCCCUCAGCACCAUGGUCCUGAAUCGCCUCAAGUCCGGCCUUCAGGUCUGCGCCGUCAAGGCCCCCGGUUUCGGGGACAAUCGAAAGGAAACAAUAGAGGACAUGGCCAUUGCCACGGGCGGCAUCGUCUUCGGCGAUGAGGCGAAUCUCGUUCGCCUCGAGGAUGUCAAGUUGAGCGAUUUCGGACGUGUCGGCGAGGUGGUCGUCACCAAGGACGACACCAUGCUACUGAAGGGCUUGGGCCAGCGUCCCUUGAUCGAUCGCCGCAUUGAGAACUUACGGGAGGCCAUCGCGGAGACCAAGUCCUCCUACGAGAAGGAGAAAUUCCAGGAGCGCCUGGCCCGUCUCUCGUCGGGCGUGGCCCUGUUGCGUGUCGGCGGCUCUAGCGAUGUGGAGGUUAACGAAAAGAAAGACCGUGUUAACGAUGCUCUGAACGCCACCCGGGCUGCUGUCGAGGAGGGCAUCGUGCCCGGAGGUGGCACCGCUCUCCUACGCUGCAUCAGCCGCCUGAACGACAUCAAGGGAGCCAAUGAGGACCAAAAUAUGGGAAUCGAAAUCAUUCGUCGUGCCUUGCGUAUGCCGUGCCUCACGAUUGCUAAGAAUGCUGGCGUCGACGGGGCCAUGGUGGUGGCCAAAGUGGAGAUCCUCGACGGCGACUAUGGCUACGAUGCGCUGAAGGGGGAGUACGCCAAUAUGAUCGAGCGUGGCAUCAUCGAUCCCACCAAGGUGGUGCGCACAGCCAUCACGGAUGCCGCUGGUGUGGCUUCGCUCUUGACUACCGCAGAGGCCGUGGUCACCGAACUGCCCCUCGAAGACGCUGGAGCUGCCGCCAUGGGUGGCAUGGGAGGGAUGGGAGGCAUGGGAGGCAUGGGAGGCCUCGGUGGCAUGAUGUAAUAGACACAAACAAAACACUACAGUACGCAGACGCUACACUACGGGCAACACACUGAACUACACUACAUUUGGUGCUAAACAAGUCUAGAACGUAACUACACUACGCUACAAGAACAUCUACUCUAUGCCAACAAAACAGUUGUUAAACGGGUUUAAUCGGCAGACAUUUACACUGUUAUACACAAAACCAAUUGCACACUUCAAUAUUGCAUUAUUCGUCGUUCUUUCGUGAUAUUAUAUAUGGAUAAUAUACAUACACACACGCACACUAAACGUUAGUUAGGCAGACUGUAUUUCCUCCCCCUAAAAAACAAUACUUACACCUUUUACUUGGCCCAAUAACCGGCUGUUCGAAACGCGUGCCAAACAGCUACAACCAAUGCUCGGAUACACAUACAUAUUACGGCGCAAUCACUCCGUGACAUAAUGGUGGUUUCCAACACGAUCGACUCUGUUUAGUUUGGAAAGUACAAUGCAACUUUAGCUCACAUAUUACGCAACUAACACUAAUACACUAUCAUAAACAUUUUGUUGUUCAA